UAGCAACAAACCUGGAAGAGCGAUAAGCUCUGCCACUGCCGAGUAUCCGAACCCAAUCAGAUAAGCGCCGGCCGGGGAAGCAGGGGGGAGUCGCCGACCAACAAACCAAGGAACCUGCCAGCCAGCAGUGACGCCUCUUCACCGCAUCGACCCUUUCCUUUUCCCAUCUUUUCUUCCAGAAUCGGCAGUAGCAGCAUGUCACACAGCUUCCUGUGCGAGAGCUAAGAAGCUUACUGUACAUCAUGGUUGAUCGCCAGGACCAUUCUUCUGCACCAGACAAGGCGAUCGCUGCAGCGACCGGUCGCGAGAUUCUCACCCCACCAGCUGCCUGCCACACAGCUCAACGACCUCAUCGCGAUGACGACGACGCCAGAAGCACUGAUAACGACCUGGAUGCCCUCGAGCUCCGCAAUAUAGCCACCCAAGAUGACGAUGAGGCCGGCUUCUCAACCGAAUCGAUCUCCUCGGGCGAAUAUCGUGUCCGCACACAUCGGACCGUUUCCCGCACCACUCAUUCCAACCGGGAGGACACAAGCAAGGGGUUGACGGGACGGGUUCGUCGCUUUUGGACGCGAAAUGUGGUGUUGACGGUGCCGCAGAAGAGUAAUCGGGAUCAUUUCGCUUUAGAGCGAACUUUCUUAGCUUACAUUCGCACAUCGGUCAUGGUCGCCAUGCAAGGUGUGCUGAUCGCCCAAUUAUUUCGACUCCAGCAUUUAGCUUCGCCGGAUCCAGCAUUGGGGUUCUAUGAAGUGGGGGUCCCCCUGGCGGUUAGCUGUUAUAGCGUGGCAAUUCUGAUAGCUGCCAUGGGUGCGUAUCGCUUCUGGAAGCAGCAGAAUGUGGUGGCUCUGGGGACGGUGUAUGCGGGGGGGUGGGAGCUGAACUGUAUUGGGGUUUUAAUUGGAUCAUUUUGACGACCUUCGUUCUGUCCCUGGUUAUUACGGUCGAGUUGAAGU